UUGUGGAUGAGCAGUGCUCUAGUCCCGCUCCUCAGCUCAACUAAUGAAUGCCUGGAAAUAGUUAUAAGGCGAUGUCGCUCGCUUUAUGACAGACAAAACUACUCUGCCAUGUAUCUGUCUGUGCGGAAUACAUAAAGGCUCUGCCUUGAAUUAAUCACUUGCUCUUUAAUGGAUCUUUGAGGAUCGCGCUUGACGCAGUGAGGAGCUGCACCUCUUUGUAUUCCGAGGCCAAAAGGAACCUUGUGUGUGUGUGCGCGUUUUGUUUUUUUGUUGUGUGUUUUUUUUUUACCCUCGUCCGAUAUCUACUGCCUCUUUGAAAAUGUCAAGGGGGUACAUGGUGACAUAGGGACCCCGGUUUGGUUACGGAGAGACUCUUGCUUCGCUCUGCGAAAGAGGGACAGGCCAGCUACUGAUGGUGGAUCUCAGACAUGCAUGUGAUCACUAGACAGUUUAACCGGGGGUGUACCUCUGGGCCUAUAAAUGAGACUAAAAUGGUGGAAGAGAAGAAAAGACAAGAGGAUGAAAGCCAUCAACAAUGCUCUACCCUGGGGAAAUAAGCACAGGCCAUUCUGAAUUGGUGAAACACUAAGACCCAGCUCUAGCACUCCACUGGUGUGAAAACCUCUCCAUUAGAGACUUUACUUUAAAUGUAUAAGCUAUGGUCAGAGGGUUUAAUAAGGGGCUGACAUAUCAGUGCAGAAACCCCCAACUCAUGUGAAAUAAUUCUCUGGACCAGAGACUGGACAUUUUUGUCCCUUGGCUAAAGGGAAAGGGUUUAUUACCCUGCUUAAAUACUGUGAGGCUCCAUCCAGCCUAGUUCAAACUCAAGUGGUACCCCAAGCUUCUACCAACUGGUAUUGCUCAUGGCUUCCAGGAGGGCAUCAGGAGCUAGUAAUGGAGGCAUGGUGAAGAGUGCCUUCUUCUGGUCUUUGGCCAUAAUCUAUCUGACUCACAUAAGUGGAGUGAGGGGGGAUUGCUGGCUCAUAGAAGGUGAAAAGGGUUUUGUAUGGCUGGCCAUUUGCAGCCAAAACCAGCCACCAUAUGAGGCCAUCCCUCAGCAUAUCAACAGCACCAUAGUGGACCUUCGAUUGAAUGAGAACAAGAUCAAGAGCAUCCACUACUCUGCCCUUAGCCGCUUUACCAACCUCACAUACCUGAAUCUAACCAAGAAUGAGAUUAAUUACAUUGAGGAUGGGGCUUUUUCAGCCCAGUUCAACUUGCAGGUUCUCCAGUUGGGUUUCAAUAAGUUGCGUAACUUAACCGAAGGGAUUCUCAGGGGUUUGGGAAAGCUGCAGUACCUCUACCUCCAGGCAAACCUGAUUGAGACUGUGACACCCAAUGCCUUCUGGGAGUGCCCAAACAUAGAAAACAUUGACCUUUCCAUGAAUCGCAUCCAGGUGCUGGAUGGGUCCACCUUUACCAGCCUGACAAAGCUGACCACCUGUGAACUCUACACCAACCCUUUCAACUGCUCCUGUGAGCUCUUGGGGUUUGUAAAGUGGCUCUCGGUCUUUCCCAACAGGACAAGUGAACGGAUGGUGUGUGAUUCUCCUACAGGAAUCUCGGGCUACAGUCUCCUAAGCCAGAAUCCAAACAAUCCCACUUACCGGAAUGCUCUGCAUAUGCUGUCCACUGUGUGCACGGAGGACUACGUGACUACGUACAUCCCUGUGCCUACCGAGACCACCACUUACCCUCCAGACUCUACACCGUGUGGGCUGGAAGACUGUCCCUCGGGGACUGAGCCAGAGGAAAUCAGCAUCAGUCCCACGUACAUAGACUUAGAUGUGAAACCAAUCAUGAAACUCAAGCAAGUGUCUCACACAAAUGCAGUAAUCACUGUUCAGAUCCCUUACCCCUACAAGAAGAUGUACAUCCUUGUCCUGUACAAUAACAGCUUCUUCACUGAUAUACAGAAUCUGAAGCGGCAGAAGGAGGACAUUGAACUGAAAAACUUGAAACCCCACACCGAUUACACCUACUGUGUGGCUUCCAUAAGAAACUCGUUGCGUUUCAAUCAUACUUGUCUGACACUAUCCACUGGGCCUAGGAAUGGAAAAGAGCGAGUAGUUAGUAAUGCAACAGCCACUCACUACAUAAUGACUAUCUUGGGAUGUCUUUUCAGUAUGGUUAUUGUUUUAGGGAUAGUGUACUAUUGUUUGCGAAAAAAGAGACAACAAGAUGAAAAGCACAAAAAGGCAGGAAGCUUAAAGAAGAACAUAAUUGAGCUUAAAUACGGCGGUGAGCUAGAGGGCGGGACGAUAUCCAGGAUGUCUCAAAAGCAAAUGAUGGCUGGGGAGAGCAUGACCCGCAUGCCGUAUCUACCUUCCGGCAGUGAAAUGGAGCAAUACAAACUGCAAGACAUCAGCGACACUCCGAAAAUGGCCAAAGGAAAUUAUAUGGAAGUGAGAACAGGGGAGCACCCAGAUCGAAGGGAAUGUGAGAUGUCUAUGCCUGGCAACAGCCAAGGCUCAGUUGCUGAGAUCUCGACAAUCGCAAAGGAGGUAGACAAGGUCAACCAGAUUAUUAACAAUUGCAUAGAUGCUCUGAAAUCAGAGUCCACCUCCUUCCAAGGUGGGAAAUCUGGUGCUGUGUCAACAGCUGAACCACAAUUGAUACUGAUCUCAGAGCAGCCUCAGAGCAAGUCUGGCUUCUUGUCACCUGUCUACAAGGACAGCUACCACCACUCUUUACAAAGACAUCACGCAUCAGAUGCUUCUCCGAAGCGUCCGAGUACAGCCACUGGUGGUCCAAUGCGGAGUCCAAGGCCUUACCGCUCAGAGGGGCCCUACAAGUCAGAGUCGAAGUACAUAGAGAAGACUUCACCCACAGGGGAGACUAUUCUGACCAUCACACCCGCAGCUGCGAUACUAAGGGCAGAGGCGGAGAAGAUCCGUCAGUAUAGUGAGCAUCGGCACUCCUACCCCGAUGCCCACCAAAUUGAAGAGUUGGAAGAACCAGAUAGUCGGAAAACCUCAAUGUUGGAGCCCCUGACACGGCCUCAUGCCAGAGACUUGGCUUACUCGCAGCUCUCUCCCCAAUACCACAAUCUCAGUUACUCGUCUAGUCCCGAGUACUACUGCAAACCAUCGCACAGCAUCUGGGAGCGCUUUAAACUCCAUCGCAAGCGACACAAAAAUGAGGAGUACAUGGCUGCAGGCCACGCUCUGAGGAAAAAAGUGCAGUUUGCUAAGGAUGAAGAUCUGCAUGACAUUCUAGAUUACUGGAAGGGAGUGUCAGCCCAACAAAAAUCUUAAUCUACUCAAGUGUUUUUCUGUGUCUUUUUCAUUUUUGAUGGACCACAGUGAACAGGACCAGAAUGAAUCCUUAAUCUAGUGAAAUCACAUUCUAAAGGAUAAAUAUUACACUACAGUGAAUUUCAAAAGGGUUGCGUACCAAAAUUGUUUACCAAAAGUAAAGAUGUUACUUAAAGCAACAAGAGGAGAAUAUAUUGCAAAUAUAAAAUAUAUAUAUGUUGAAAUGGAUUUUUAGUAUUUGAUUA